AGAAGCGACGUCUCUACGACUGAGAAGUUCUUGCUGGCGUUCGGGAGCUGUAGCAAGCCCGAGAUGUCGUCCUUGCCGUUCUGCACCGUGCCGCGUACGCGGUAGCCGCGGUUGAGUAGCUCACAUACGAUCCACGAGGCCAAAAAGCCGUCCACGCCUGUGACACAGAUGGGCUUCUCACUCAGAUUAGAGGCGAGCUGCACGAUCUUCUUGCGGAAUUGUAGCUGCUUCCACACGCUUGGAUACAUGCACUGACGGUCCACUGGUCGCUUGGGUUUCUUGAUUCUCUCGGCCUUCUUCUUGGAGACGCGUCGCCGCGUCUUAGACACCAGUGUCGGCGUGUUCACCGUGGCAAUACCAUUUCCAUUACCGGUCACGCUGGUGUCCCCAAAGCUUGAGUAGUUGAAGUUGCUGGUGCCCCCGUUGCGCUGGUUGGACGGGAAGUAGGACAUGGAGGACGCAGACGACGAGUUGGUCGAGUCGAAAGACCGCGUAGGGCUGCUCUGUCCAGCAGCGAUGACAGCGGAGGCGGCGCCGGCCAUACUGGGGCGAGUCUUGUCGCGUCGGCUACUUGUCUUGCCCUUGCGGGAGGAGACGGCAGAUUUUUUCUUGCGCACCGACUGCGGUGGCGUCGUGGAGCUGCCGCUAUGGUCGGUGCCGCCGUCCUCGUCGUACUGCGAGCCGAAGAGCAUGGUGCAGUUUGGAUCUGGUGCCUUAGCGAACUAUUCAAGCAGCGGUAGAUCUCUCGGGGAGAAAAUUACCGGUAACCGCGUAACCACCACCCACGCAACCGUUGGUUGACUGCGAAUGCGGCGACAACUGACAGUCGCUGGCGUUUUCCAGAGUGCUUGUCUUGGAGAGGCUGAUUGGCUUAUGCAGCUGGCAGCUAGAUGCGUCUAGCGCUGGAGCUGGCCGCCCUUGCCCUGAAGGUUCUUUCCUUCUUUGGCUCACUCAACUCAGGCAGGCGGGAGAGGCGCCGUUUGAUGUGAAGUACCGCGCAUAAAGUAACGUGUACUGAAGUAGUACAGAAGUAGUCGCAGGCACAAAAGCUGACUCGGCGUCCAGAAUGCGGAUGGAGUUGUCAGCAAGAGAUGGAAUUGUCGAUGGCAAUGUGCUCCUAUCGCAAGCUCUAGCUCGCGGCUAGGCGCGUUCAGCAACGGCAACAUAACGGCUUGGCAGCCACAUAACGUGUAUCAAGCGCGGCAAGCUUGCUGCCCGCAACAGUGGCGUGCUUGGCUUCGAAGCUGUGCGUACUGGCCACUUCAAAGCAACUACCAAUAUCUCCAAUGGCAGAGCGAAUCAGCGCAUCGCCCACAAUAAUUCAGAAUCAUUACCGAAGUGACCGCAUUGACAGGCUGCAUGAGUCUCUGCCACUGAGCGACUCGGGUGCAUCCGCGUGUGUCGACACUAGCGUGGCAUCCUCGCGCGGAUCUACCUCCACAAGACAGUUUGUGGCUGGUAUCUAUCUACCUUCUAUGGACGUCAGAUCCAUAGCCAACGCGAUCUCGAUCAGGUUGCGUCUGAGCAGCUUCCGCUGGAUGCCGAGAAUAGCUGGCGACCCCUUAGUACAUGGCAUUCUCGAGUCCAGCAACAAGCAGGAUCCUUGUGUGGCGGUUUCUAGAGACCGCUGAGUGCUGACGACGCUUGAGGCAGUCUGCAAUCGGAGUGCGCGUUCAGAGACACUCGAGAGACUUCGUCGCUAGGUCUAAGAGAUCUCAUCGCAUUCAUGACGUCUUCAUACGAUGAACACAUCAUCGAGGAGAUCAAUGAGGAAUACUCGGUUGCGUUCCAGUUCGCCACCUUCUUGCUCCUGCUAAUGAUCGCCAUCAUCCUGUGCAACCAUGUGACGCACAAACUACACUGGCAUUUCCUACCCGAAGCUGCCGCGACCAUCGGCGUUGGCAUCCUGGCCAGCAUCUUCUGCAUGCUCAUGAACUCGAGCACGAUCGCGGUGCAGCUCAUGGACUUCGACCCCAACUUCUUCUUUGUCGGCAUGCUACCCCCGAUUAUCUUUAACUCGGGUUACACCAUGAAGCGCCGCUAUUUUUUCGAGAACAUCACACCGAUCCUCGUCUACUCGAUCCUCGGUACACUCAUCAUGAGUGUCGUCACGGGCAUCAGCAUCUACACUGUCGGUCGCUUCGGCUGGGUCUUGAGGUUAUCGAUGGCGGAGGCACUUACCUUUGGCUCCUUGAUCUCCGCUACCGACGCCGUCUCCAUCCUGGCUGUGUUUCAGGAGCUCCACGUUGACCCGACACUAUUCUACCUCGUGUUCGGAGAGAGCUCGCUUAACGACGCGGUGGCAAUCUGCCUCUUCGAGACGUUUUCCCGCUUCAUCGGCCACUCGUACGAGUUCAAGCCCAUGCUAUUCGCCAUCUUCGAGUUCGGUUUGGUGCUUACAGGAUCAACGAUGAUCGGAGUCAUUUUUGGCAUGAUUCCAGCGUUACUCUUCAAGUAUGGCAACCUGCGCAGCAAUUUACUGCACGAAGUAGGCGUCUUCGUCAUGUUCGCCUACAUACCUUUUGUUGUAUCCGAAGUCCUGGGGAUGUCAGGAGUUGUGUCUGUCAUUUUCGCUGGUGUCUCCAUGAAGCACUACGCAUCGCCCAACCUGACCCCGGAAGCUCGUGACGUAUGCUCUGGAGUAUUCAACACGCUAUCACACAUGGCUGAAACUUCGGUGUUCUUGAACCUGGGGCUAUCAGCAUUUGGACUGACGGAAUACUACCGAUUCUGGCUUAUCGUCUGGAUGGCAACCUUCUGCUUAUUCUCUAGAGGGUGUGCGGUGUACUCACUCUCCUACGUGCUGAAUCUGCGCAAAAAUGCCUCCAAGAUCACACUGAAUCAGCAGCAUGUGAUCUGGUACGGCGGUAUGCGCGGUGCUGUGGCCUUCGCGUUAUCCAAAUCUUUUCCAGGCGAAAAGCGGCCGGAAAUUGUGGCCACGACGUUGAUUGUUGUGCUGCUAUCGAUCAUCAUCAUGGGCGGCGGCACCGUUGCGGUGCUCGACAAGUGUGGCAUCCCACGAUUGACGGUAAGACAUGACCGUAGUGUACGCGUUGUUCGUCAGCAGCUGAUGAUACUGCCUCUUUGUUGUUAUUUGUCUCGAAUGGACAGGCUGAGGAGGAGGCGGCGCUCGACAAGACGGUCAAGCCUCACCGGCACAUGCGAGCACUGCAGUUCGACAACAAAUAUCUGAUCCCGUUGCUUACGAAUUUGUGCCAGUACGGCGACAACAGCAGUCCACGCAAAGGAGGUUUCGGCCACGGAAACCUUAGCAACGUUAACACGGCUGACGAGCACGACUCCGCUGAGGCUGAGGAUGACGAGGUGGUCGAUGUCAUCCGACGUGAGGUUAACGUGCACUAGGCCAGAGCGACGGACAGCUCAAGACAUCUAUAAUGCAUUUUAUCGCUGCUUCGCUCUAGCAUUGAUAGCGAGUUUGACUUGUUUCUAAUGCAGGUUCUUAGUCAACAACCGGAUCUCGGUGGUCGAACGAACGGUCUCCAAAAAGGAGACGAACAAUCGGACACCGGUCGCGUGCUUGGGACAGCACCGACCGACGUCGGACAGCGCAAACUGACUUGAGAUUCUUGUGCCAGUUUAAUGAGAAUCCUGACUUGCAGUCGUCUUGAUGGAAACCACAAAUAACGGUGAUGAUGAUACGCUGGACCCGCAGGUCAACUCGCUGUCAUUUCCAGUGUAAUCGUGAAAGAUGAUGGUACUGGACUGAAUCCCUGAUUUGGCGGACAGGAAGUGUCCAUCAACGACGACAGGCAAAACGGGGAUGGGACACUUGCCUGGAUAUUUUUGGCAAGAUAGGCCGUGGGUUAAGCCCGACGGCGCUGGGCGAAAGUCUCCGAGGACAAUGAAUCAUUAAAUGAUCACCGACGCGCAGGAUACAUGAGCUCAUUCGAGAUCCAAAGCGCGCAAACAUCAUUUAUUCGAAGCUCUGCUCGAGCAAAUGCAAUUGGUGUUGGCUCGUACUGCUGGGUGGAACGAGACCAGUCUAUGUGUAUCUGUAGCAUUGUGCCGGGGCACCAUUGUCAGUUACGUUUUGUACCGCGAAACUCCCAGCAACCACCAUGAAUCGGAGCCCAUUAAGGCGAAGACAGCAGUAUUUGAGUUGAUGUCGCCGACGGCAGCACUACGGCAGCAGUUCUUGAGGCAAAAAAAGUCGUCGCCGCCUCGCCUCCUAGCCAUUAUUUGCACUGCGAUCUGUCAAAAAACGCAGUUCCGCGCCCGUCUGCAGGCGUCAACUUGUCUCCACUCAUUGGCUGAAACAUGAAUCUCUCUCGGCCAUACGCAUGCAUAAUUGGCCACAAAUGUAACGUCGACGACAGGGUUAGGCCUC